AUGAAACCAUGGCAUGAAACUGUUUCAUGAGAACAUGUGCCUGGCAUGGUUUGGAGAUUGCCAAGGUUUAAUAACGUCUUGAUCAUCAGCAUCCAGCUUUGGCUUGCUCUUUCACAGCGCGCUUUCAAGAUCAGCAGCAGCGCGUGCUCUAUCUCAGCCGAUGCUUCGGUUUGUCAGGUAGCUUCGGCUGGUGAUGCCGCCCUGCAAAUUGCUUUCACUGCGGCAGCGGCAACAUCGCUUUCCUUGGAUAUGUCUUCAGCAACAACUUGCAGCGCUUCUGGGGCAUACUGCCCCCAGAUCUUUAUGGUCAACUCCGACCAUGCAGAGAACAUUGUCAAGCUCUCCAAGUGUGCGUUUUACAAGCAAGCUGAUUACAGCACUCAUCUCCUCACCUACACUUUCAUGAAUGUGGGGGGAACCGCUGCAUUCACGGUGCAGGACGACCACGGCAUUGGGCGUGCAGUUGUUCCUCCUGGAGCAAUGCGAGAGUGCAUUCGCCCAAGAUUCACUACAGAAGUUGGCAAAGCCAGAGUUUUUACGUGAUUCGUGAAAGGCUUUUGCUACUGCUCCGGUACCUGCUCAACGGGUACCAGCAAUCAACUCUACUGCACGCACAUUAGCAGGUGAUUCGGCAAAUCUCAUUCUGGAAGUUUCAAGUUCAUUCCAAUCGCAGUUUGAAACUUUCAACCCAUGUUCAUUUGUGUAGCCAUUAGCAGCCAUAGCAUGUUCAGAAGCUUGUGGGGCAGCCCCACAUCAUUGUGUAACUGCCAGGUGACCAAAUCAAGUUGAGCUUGGAGUGGCACCGUGUCGUACCAAAAACAAAGUGGUGGCAACUGACCACUCAUGAGAAGGUGUCUAUGAUAGAGUUUGAGGGUUAGAAUGCUCUUGGCUUAAGGAGACUUUUGCGAAUGCAGCUAUAGGCUCAGUGCAGAUUUUUCCUGUUUCAAGCAAUGGGAGCUGAAUUGUUCGAUUUUCCUCGGUGAUAUGCUUGGUCAGACCAUUGCCUUGGUCAUUGAGUCCAGCCCACAGCCUACCAUAAAGAUUUGGGAUGUUAAGAGGCAAAGCUGCAUCCUCGAGGGAGGGCAAAGGACCUCCACAGCGAGCCAUUUGUGGGCCAAAUGUGUCCUGGCAGACUUCACCACAUACAGUGCGCUGAUUUGCACCCGAAAUUCCUUGUUGGAGCUCUGGGAUCUACGAAUGCUGAGCAGUCCUUUGGCCGUAAGCGGGCGCGAUGUUGGAGGAAGCCCCAGGGCGCUUCGAGCAGUUUUUGGAGGGCUGAAGGGCGCAUUAUCUGGUGGCCUGUCUUUGUCAGCCUCUGCAGAUGGGUUGCUACAUCUCGCCACUUGG